CUAGCCGCAUUUUUUCUAAUCAGUUCAUGGCAGGCUGCUCUACUGUGAGGUGUUUCUGGGCCUUGGUUCUAAUGGGCCUGGUCGCAUUGGGCCCGCAGGUCUGGGCAGAGAUCCAGUGCAACGACGCGGUCUCCCAGGUGCUCCCAUGUGAGGCCUACCUGCUAAGCGGGGAAGCCCAGCCCAACGCUGCAUGUUGCGCCGCCGUCCAGUCACUGGACAAGAUGGCCAUGUCAUCCACCGGGGACCGCCGGGCAAUCUGCCAGUGCUUUAAGGGGAUUGCCAGCUCACUGCCCCUUAACCUGGAUAAGGCCCAGCGGCUGCCCAACCUCUGCCACGUCACCAUCAAUAUCAAGAUAGAUCCCAAUGUCAACUGUGACCGAAUUUGAAGGGAUUAUAAGAGAUUCCGGCUCGGCGGAGGAUGGUGGCAGCAGCGGCUUAUUUUCUUCCGGGGAAAACUGAGAGCGGGAAUUAAUAAUAUAUAGCUGAUGUGGGUUGUGUCUUUUUCGUUUUAAUUAGUUAAUUAAUGAAAUUUUAUGUGUUGUUUAAUAAUCUAUUUUAUUUUU